GAUAAUAAUUACGUGCAAAAUGGAAUCUGUUUUACAACCACCACAACCGUUUCUUUUUGAAAAUGACCUUGUAAAUGUCACAUCUGGAAAUUUAAGCAGAGAAUGGGAGAAGUGGAAAAAAUCAUUUUUAAUAUACUUCGAAGCUUGUGAAUUAUCGAAAAAAGAAAAAAAGGUACAGAUUAAUAUUUUGUUGCAUAUAAUUGGAGAAAAAUGUCGUGAGAUAUACGACCAGUUCACAGAAACAUUCAAGACUAUUGAGGAGGUGAUUCAAAAAUUUGAUGAUUUCUUUUUACCUAAGAAGAAUCUAACAAUAGAGCGACAUAGAUUUUUCACUCGGAACCAGCAAGAUACGGAGACGGUUACGCAAUAUGUUUUUGAAUUGAAUAAAAUGGCGGCUAAGUGUGAAUUCAAAGAUUUAUGUAGCGAUCUUGUACGCGAUAGAUUAAUAUGUGGAAUAAAAGAUGCAGCAAUGAGAGAAAGAUUAUUGCGUGAAUAUAAUUUAACAUUAGAAAAGGCGGUAGACAUAUGUAGAUUGGCGGAAGUUUCACAUGCGCAAGCUGAGCAUAUUGAAACGAAAAAUCCUGAAUAUCAUGUACAUGAUGUGAAGAAUAAUAAUAACGAACAUUGGAGGGAACGGACUGAUAUUCACUGGAUAAAUCGUGGAUCUUCAAGAACCAGAGCCAACCGGGGUGUACGGCGGAUUCCUUCAGAUCGUAGGUCGGGUCACGUACCGACUUCAUCUCAUGGCGUGAAAACGAAUCGGUUUUCGUCGAACAGUGAGUGUAAUAGAUGUGGUCGCAUCCAUAAUAGGUACAAAUGCCCUGCAUAUGGACAGAAGUGUAACAAGUGUAGCCGCAUGAAUCAUUUCUCAAGAAUGUGUAGAAUAUUUGAGGUGCUGGAGGAGGAUUCCACCGAUCAGGUAAUUCAUAACCUUAAAACAAGUUCAUUUAGUAGUGAUUGGUUAGUAAAAUUAUAUAUCAGAGGUCAGCUGGUUGAUUUUAAGUUAGAUACAGGUGCAGACGUAAACGUUAUUCCGUUAAAAUUAUUAUCCAAAUUAAGUACAAACAAAAGCGAUUUGACGAGUACGAAAAUUAAAUUACAGGCAUAUUCUGGUGACAGCAUUAAAGUUAUUGGUAAAUGUUAUUAUAAAGUAACUCAUAAACAGAAUAACUAUAUUUUAAAGUUCAUUAUUGUUGAUGUUGAUUCUUCGGCUAUUUUAGGCAGGAAUUCAUGUGAGGAAUUACAAUUAAUAAAACGAAUUAUGUCCGUAAGUACAGAGGAUAGUAAUAACAAAAUUUUAAAUAAAUAUUUGGAUGUAUUCACUGGAUUGGGCUGUUUACCCGGUAAAUACAAAAUAAAAUUACAUAAAAAUAUUAGUCCUGUGGUACAUGCGCCUAGAAAAUUACCAAUAGCCCUCAAAGAAAAUGUUAAAAAUACUUUAUUAGAAAUGGUGAACGAUGGUAUAAUAGCGAAGGUGGAGGGGCCCACUGAUUGGGUCAACAGUAUGACUGUUGUCAAAAAAGCCAGUGGAGAUCUACGCAUCUGUUUAGAUCCCCGAGAUUUAAAUAAGGCGAUUAGGCGGGAGCAUUUUAAGUUACCCACGUUUGAGGAAAUUACGUCAAAUUUAUGUGGUGCAAAAUUUUUUACCACUUUGGAUGCUAAGCAAAGUUUUUGGCAAGUCAUGUUACACGAGGACAGUACCGAUCUAUGCACGUUUAAUACACCAUUCGGUAGGUAUAAGUUCUUACGGAUGCCGUUUGGUAUCUCUUCAGCGAGUGAGAUAUUCCACAAUAGACUUUAUAAUCACUUUGAUGAUAUAGAAGGUGUUAUUUUGUUCGUUGACGAUUUAUUAGUUUAUGGGGAAACCAAGGAAGUUCAUGAUAUACGUUUAGAAAAGACGCCAGUAAAAAUGGUUUGGGCGCGUGUCUAUUGCAAAACAAUUUACCGGUAUGUUAUGCAUCAAAAUCUCUAA